AUGGCUGGGCAGCCUCAGCAACAGCAGAUGAAAACUUCCUUCCUCUUCAUCCAGCUGCAGGCUCCCCCUGUCUGGGCUCUCCCCGCCCAGUCUCCAGCCUCUGCAGCCAGCACAGCAGCCCCAGGGAGCCUGGAGGAGAGAAACAUUCUCCCAAGUCCCAGGACGGGCUUCUUGGCAAGCAGGGACCUCAGGAGAACACAGGGUUUGGCUGCUUCUCCUUCAAGGCUGCCGCAGGAGGCAGGCCCUAGGACACAGCGAGAGGCUGCAUUUGGCUGCUCUGCUCCAAAGGAAAAGAAGGCGGGAGAGGAAAAGCACCAGGACCUGGAUACAAGCCGGGGUGGUGUCUGCGGCUCCCCCCAUCUCAGGCGUUGUCUGCCCCCAGCCUCUAGGAAACUUGGCCAGCAAGAGCCCCUGCCAUGCAGGAGUCCUAGCCCAGCUCCCGGCAUGAGCGAUGGAAGCAGUGAUCCCUGCAUGCUCUGGAAGCACUGGCCAACCACGUCUGUCCCCCAGGACCUGUGGGGCAUGGACACCCUGUGCGGGGAUGCCUUGGGAUGUUCCAUUCCACGGGCCGUCCUGGCCCACGCUGCUGAUGACAGGGAACGGGCUUUCCGGAGGAGAGGGGCUGCAACCUGCCAGGUGCUCCCCAGGAACUGUGAGGAAGGCACAGGUACUUCAACGCUGGCGACACGGGCACGGGUCUACAGGGACUGCCCUGCCAUCCAGACCAGCACAGGCUGCCCAGCCCCACCUGCUGCUCUGCCUCUCAAGGCAGAGACAUUUGUUUGGGUUAACAAUGCGUCUGCACAUUCCCAGAGUGUUGCCAAGGCCAAAUAUGAAUUUUUAUUUGGCAGACCUGAAGAGAAAACUCCAGAUACCAGUGAUCAUGGAGGAAGCACUUUACUCCCACCGAAUGUCACAAAUGAAUUUCCAGAAUAUGGGACCAUGGAGGAAGGCAGAGAAGGCCUAAGAACUUCUCUGGAGUUUGAUGCCGAGUCUCUGCCAUGCCACCCACAAGGGCAGCAUGGGGUCCAGCUUCCUGGUGGCCACCACUGUGGGCUCGACAGUUUUACAGAAGGACAAAGAGAUGUUAGAGAGGCCCCCUCCCAAAGUCACCUCAAGGAACAAAGUUUACAACCCAUUGACUCUUUGAUUUCAGCUCUGAAAGCCACAGAAGCCAGAAUUGCUUCAGGGACAUUACAGGCUACAAAGGUACUGAACAAAGAUGGUGUUUCUAAUUUUUCAGCUCAGCAGGUAGAAAAAGAGCUGGACACUGCCAAUUGUAAAACACGGAGAGCCAAUAAACUACUCCCAGCUAGCCAAGAACAGUCGCCAGAUAUACCUCUUUCCGCUGAAGUAACGACUGAGGAAAACUUUUAUUUGAGCAUCCAGAAGGAUCUGACUGCAUUGUUGACUGGAGACACUCAGGCAGAGCUUUCCCAGAUAACUAAGAGUGGGAGAGAAGGGGCAGCAACUGUGUCCUCCCUGGGGAGCCCAGCAGUGACCCACAAUUCUGCGGGCAGUGUUGGUUUCUUGAAGGAGCAGAAGUCUUCUCUCGGGAGGGGGCACCCAGAGAGAUACGAUCGAGGCAGCUCCCUGGGACGCCCAGGCCGAAUCAAACAUGUGGAAUUUCAAGGGGUGGAGAUACUGUGGUCAGGAGAUAAGAGAGAGACUCAGUAUCCUGUUGAUUUUGAAACAUCACUGGAAAGGACAGCCUGUCCUGUAAGCAAAGAGUUUUUCAAAGUGCCAAGCCAGCUUAUCUCAUCUGCUGGUCUGUGUACUCGUUUAACUGAGAAUGUUUGGGAUGAAACCUGGAACGCUCCUUCAGAGAGACCUGGCACUAGCUCAGGGUCAUUUCCUUCUGUGCUUCAGGAUGAGAGUGGAGAGGAUGACGUCUUCCUGAAGGACAACAAACCACAUCUGGAGAAGAAACCUGAACCAGAGAGAGACACAGCAAGGAUCAUUGAGCAAGAGGAACACAUUCGGGGAGAAGACGAAGAUAUCCUUGGGCCUGGGUACACGGAGGACUCCACCGACGUGUACAGCUCCCAGUUUGAAACCAUUCUGGACAACACUUCUUUAUACUAUAGUGCAGAGUCACUGGAGACAUUGUACUCAGAACCUGACAGCUACUUCAGCUUUGAAAUGCCUCUCACUCCCAUGAUUCAGCAACGCAUUAAAGAAGGCGGUCAGUUCUUGGAGAGGGCUUCUGAGCGAGGACAUCAGGACAUUCUGAGUGUCUCAGCAGAUGGUGGAAUAGUGAUGGGCUAUUCCAGCGGGGCCACCAACGGGCUGAACGAUCCCAGCGACUCCAUCUACACGAAAGGCACCCCGGAGAUUGCUUUCUGGGGAAGCAAUGCUGGGAUGAAAACAACUCACUUGGAGUCUCUUUCUGAAAUGGGGAGCACUGAACUGGUGGAAAAGGAGACCUCGGAAAGCCUCAGUAACGGUACCAGCAGCAACGUGGAUGCAGCCAAAAGGUUGGCCAAACGCCUUUACCAACUAGACAGAUUCAAAAGAUCGGAUGUCGCAAAACACCUAGGCAAGAACAAUGAAUUUAGCAAACUGGUUGCAGAAGAAUAUCUGAAGUUUUUUGAUUUUACAGGAAUGACGCUGGAUCAGUCUCUCAGGUAUUUCUUUAAAGCAUUUUCUCUUGCGGGAGAAACUCAAGAACGAGAGAGAGUUUUAAUACACUUUUCAAAUAGAUAUUUUUAUUGCAAUCCAGAUACCAUUGCUUCACAAGAUGGAGUCCAUUGCCUUACCUGUGCAAUAAUGCUACUUAACACUGAUCUACAUGGCCAUAAUAUUGGAAAGAAGAUGACCUGCCAAGAGUUCAUUGCAAAUCUCCAAGGAGUAAAUGGGGGUGUUGCUUUCUCCAAGGACCUGCUGAAAGCUCUGUACAACUCAAUCAAGAAUGAGAAGCUUGAAUGGGCCGUAGAUGACGAAGAGAAAAAAAAAUCUCCCUCAGAAGGUACAGAGGAGAAGGCUAAUGGAACACAUCCUAAGACCAUCAGUCGAAUUGGGAGUACUACCAACCCGUUUUUGGACAUCCCUCAUGACCCAAAUGCUGCUGUGUACAAAAGUGGCUUCUUGGCUCGGAAAAUCCAUGCAGAUAUGGAUGGAAAGAAGACUCCAAGAGGAAAGCGAGGAUGGAAAACUUUUUAUGCUGUACUGAAGGGAACAGUUCUAUACUUGCAAAAGGAUGAAUAUAAGCCAGAAAAGGCCCUGUCUGAAGAGGACUUGAAAAACGCCGUGAGCGUGCACCAUGCGCUGGCAUCCAAGGCCACGGACUACGAGAAGAAGCCAAAUGUGUUCAAACUUAAAACUGCUGACUGGAGAGUCUUGCUUUUUCAAACUCAGAGCCCAGAGGAAAUGCAAGGGUGGAUAAACAAAAUUAACUGUGUUGCAGCCGUAUUUUCUGCACCACCAUUUCCAGCAGCCAUUGGCUCUCAGAAGAAGUUUAGCCGUCCACUUUUGCCUGCCACUACAACAAAAUUGUCUCAGGAGGAGCAGCUGAAGUCUCAUGAAAGCAAGCUGAAGCAGAUCACCACCGAGCUGGCCGAGCAUCGCUCGUACCCCCCCGACAAGAAGGUGAAAGCUAAGGAUGUAGACGAGUACAAGCUGAAAGACCACUAUCUGGAGUUUGAGAAAACACGUUACGAAAUCUAUGUCAGCAUUCUCAAAGAAGGAGGCAAGGAGCUCCUGAGUAAUGAUGAAAGUGAGGCCGCAGGACUGAAGAAGUCACAUUCGAGCCCUUCGCUGAACCCAGAUUCAUCUCCAAUCACUGCCAAGGUCAAGCGCAACGUGUCAGAGAGGAAGGAUCACCGACCUGAAACACCAAGCAUUAAGCAAAAAGUUACUUAGAAUCCAUCUGCGGCCAGGAAGUGCUGGUCAUGGAGCAACAUAGGGUUUUUCAAGAUCUUUCUGGUAAUCCGUGAAUAUAUUUAAAAAAAAAGUUGGUGACAAAAUGGUGCAUUAGUAACUUUUUCUAUUGUAUAUUUUUUUUUUAGUUUCUGUACAGAUUGUCUUUGCUCUUGAUUUAUUUGCUUUGAUGAUUUUUGCAACUUGAGAACUAAUGCACCUUUUUUGUGAGGGGUGGGAUCGUGAUUUCAGAGUAAAUUAUGUAUCCGUUCCCCUUUGGUUUUCUCUUGUUUGCACUCUGCUCAGUUGUCUCAUGUAUUCUCAAAUCAACUGUUCCACUUUUUUUUUAAGGUUAAACGAUUGAAUCCAUUGUGAAACACUUAACUGGACAAACUGUAGUUUAGUAAAUUCUAGCCAGAGUUAAUAUAAGCCUUUAUAUGUGAAAUCUUGCCCAGUCACAGAGGUGGAACUGAGCGCUCACAGACGCUCAAGUAAGAAUUGCAAUACUGGGAAUGAAGAUGUUCCAAUGUGACACAGCUCCGCCUGCAUCUCGGCACUCAUUGCUGAGUUCUGACCCUGCUGGAAGCAGGGAAAGGGUGCGUGAAGACCACAGGACUGCAGAUCUUAGGGAAACACAGGAGAUUGCCUAAAUGUUGAUUCCUCUUCAGCUGAGCAAGGGAAAGAAGUGAAGUCAUUUUGCCGUUGAAAACAUUGAGGAAAGAGGGAUAGUUGGUUACUUUUGUUCCCUAAAGGAUAAUGGUGAUAUUUAGCUCUUGAAGAGCUGCAGCAGUGGGCAUGUGUGGUCUGCAGAGAAUUGAUACCUCACUCCCACAGGGUCUAGCCUGGGAAUCCAGAAUCAUCUCUGUUGUUGAUACCCUUCUAUUCUGGAAUAAACCCUUUUUUACGCUACAUGUAUAUGUGUGGGCAUCAACUGGGUUUUGUCCUGGUAGUGAUAGUGAGGUCUUCCUUCCUAACAAAAUAAUACUGGAAAUGGAACCCCUUUUGUUCUUUCCUUAAGUCCAGGCAAAAUAGGGAGGAAAAAGUAGCUGCAGUUGUGUGCAAUGGAUGUGGAUUCCUUAUAAUAAAUCUGAAGGUAAUUGAAAGAAUUGUGGUUGGAAGACGGAGGGAUCCACCGGUUGCAUAUGCAAAAUGACUUAAUUCCUGUCUUCAGCCUCUUUGGCAACCACUUCACUUUGCUACUGUUGACCUUUCUCCUAAAAAUACUUCAUUUUAAAUCAUAUCUUUCUAUUUACUCAAAAUAAUUCUAUUAACCUCCCAAGAUUGUUCCAAUGACAUCCCCUUUGAAGUCCAGGGUGAUAAACCAAAUAUUAUUUUGUAGAGGAAGAGAAAGGAGUCAAAAUGUAGCCCACUGUGACAUAGACCUUUCCAAGUUCCAACCAUGGAAACUCCACAAUCCCUAAAGCUGUCAUCUCUACAAAUGGCAGAACUUCAGAACUAACGGAAUCACCUUGAUUAUUCCCUUUCCUCCCAUAGAAAUUUUCUCUAGUUCUACUUGGAUUAUGAGUUGAAGGUACGAUGACCAAAGAACCAGCUGCUCAGCAGGCACAGAGUGGUUCCAGGGAACUAGAGAGACCCUGCCAUGAAACCAUGGCAGCUUCAAAGUGGUAUGUCUUUACGAUGUACCAGAAUUUAUUUACAGAAUUAUUUAUUAACAUUUAUUUUCUUCACUUGUAUAAAUGUCUGUGUUCGCUGGUGUCCAGAGAAGAGUUACCCCUCUCUAAGGUCACAGUGGCUUGCUUUGUGAUAAGUAUUUUGCCACACCUUUGAACAACUCGAACCCUCCAUCUCAUUUAGGUAAAGGCAAUGACUCAAUUUAUGUUUCAGAACUGCAGAGCAAGCGUGGUGGUAACAGAGAUGGACCAUGGACCUGAUUAAUUUGUGUAGCUUCUUAGUAAAUCCUAGAUUUCCACAAGCAAAUUGCCUUUCUUAAGCUAAAUGAGCUGUAUAUUUGUUUUCUACUAAGCAGAGGGGAGAGAGGUACCUAGACCACGUCAUCUAUGAGUUUCAAUAAUUGAAGAAAAAUCAACUUCCCUGACUGGCUUGAAUGUGUUUGCCCACAGUGUGUGUCUGUGUAUAUAGAAUGUAGCUAUAUGUUUUACUUGUGGUAUUUAAUGUACAUUGAAUGGUACUUUGCUACGGUAUUUCUGACGUUCAGCAUAGUCUUAAAAUACUUGCUAGCAUCAGCGCCACUACCGCGCUGUUCUUGUUGUGACUCACCAAUGUCAAUGCUGGGUUAUUCUGGAUAUGUGAAUAGGUUAUUGGAUGAGAAGGACUCUUUUGAAGCUAGGGUGUACCAUGUUUGCAUAGUGGAUCUUUAAAAACAACUCAAAGGUUCUUUUGGGAGCCAGAAUCUCAGAUUGCCAGAUAGGGCUAAGAAAGCCUCUGAAAGGUUGCUGUCUAUUGUCGGUGCAUGUAGCAGGCAAAGAGUGUGCCAUAGGGCGAGAACGGCCUCCCAUUGGACUAGAUGAUGGAAUCUGGCCCGUAGCUGCCCAUGUGAUGAUUCCAUGUGCAAACAUUUCUUUCCUAUGGUAUAUACUCAGAAGUUGGUGAUUUUUCCCUUCAGAGCUGGUCUAAGCCUUCUGCCCAAUUCACGGUACAGGGGAGUCCCCCAUCUACAUCCCUUCUCCAGGUACUCCCUCCCGCCCUCACCUACUCUCCUCUCCCCUCCUUAGUGCCCAAGGGCCUGAGGAUUCCUAUCCAUGUGAUAAAAUGUCCUUAUUCCUUUUUACAUAAAUAUGCUCAAUAUUAAUUUUGAGUAUACACAAUCUAGGUAGUCAUCAAAAUACCUUGGAGAUAGUCUUGUUGCAAAAUUGUCCAUACAAGUGGCCCAUAUAUAAAAUCUUUUCCAGGGAGGUGUCAGAGAUCCCAGGUUAGCCAUCAAAACUUAAUCUCUAGUAUGCAGAGUCUUUAUUUGAUUGCCAGACCAUAGGCAUUCCUGAAGUGCACUUUUUUAAAAAAACAUCAUUUUUCCAAUUCUUAGCAGUGUCUGAUUAAUCCAAGCAAUACUUUCAAGCAUUUUCACUAAUCUCAGUAAAACAUGGGGAAGAGAGCUCUGAUGGAAGUGUAGCUCCUGAAUUGUAACCUUUUCUGUUGCUGGCAGGUAGAGAGUUAUAGAAGCAUUUUCUCAUGCAACGGGCUUAUGCCAAAUGCAAGACCCUCCAUGCUUUUGUAGCUGUUACCCUAAUCCAGAAGAUGAGGACCAGUUCCUAGGUAGAAAUGACACAGGGAAUUAAUUAUGGAAGAGGGAAAUCUGGUUGGCUUUCCAAGGCCAAGCUAGGUUUCUCUUUCAGCCUGUGACCAAAUCGUAGAACUUCUGAGACUGAAGAAGUGUUGACAUAACCAGCAGGGAAAAGAGGCUUUGCUGGCUAAGCACAAAGUGGCAUGGAGUUUUCUGCUGUCCUUUGUCAUGUACAGAUCCAGGAAGAUGUUCUUAGGUAAGGCAGGGCCUGCUCUGUCACGUCUUCUGGGUGUUUUUACCUAACACUGACUCCUGGAAGAAAAUUGACCUUAAUGAAGUUUCUCCAUUGUCUUACUAGCCAGAUCUUCUGGGGUUUAGUUAAUUGCCCUUGGAAAUUUGAAUCCCUUAAGCUUGUUUCAGCCUGAAUUCACAGAAAGUCUCUUGGCUUUGCUAGGUCCAAAUCUCUGUAGUUGAGCUCUUGUGCCCUCAGUCGAGUUUUCAGGAGUAACUGAUCACCUUGGCUUUUACAAUUGUGAAACUAGCACUGUAAAACCAAGAACCAAAGUGGCAUCUGAGGACUUGUUAAAAAGUAGAGUUGAGCUUGUGAGGAAUGGCGCAACACGGGAUUUAAAUAGUAUCUGCUUCUGUUUUGAAACACCUUAAGUUACUCUGACAAAAAAAGACCAGUCUGUUUUGCAGGCACCUGAGCCUCUGGGCCCCCUGCCUUGCUUGCUCGGUAGCUUUCUGGCCCUGGUCUGCCCCAGGUCACAGAUUUCCCUCCACCAGUCUUUUGACAUCUUCCAUCAUCAAGUUCAUCCAGGGAACUUGAGGAAUCACUACAGAAUAAUCCCGGGAUAGAUGUCGGUGACAACAGCAAGGUAUGUUGUCACUGCUGCUCCUCUCAGAUGACUUUUCCAUCUCUCACCCCUUAGAGGAGGACUGAAGUCCAGAGUCAUCUCCUUUUGCACCUACAGUAUCCAAUACGCAAGUGGGUAGUUUUCUGCCUAGGACAAUGACUGGCCCAUUGCAUGUAGAGAGAAUGUCUUCCGAGAGAGAAUGCUAGUAAAUACUUGAAUCUGCAUGAUAGUUUGUUGACUUGAAUGCAACAGCAAGAAAAUAUUGCAAGUUAAUUGUAUACACAGUAGGUCCCCUUAAGUCUCUUGGCUCAUCCUUUGUAACAUGUGUGUGUAUCUACAGUAUUACAGGUUUAUGGAGAAUACCUUUACCAAUAGUCAGGCGUCAAAGAAAAUGCUUUUUGUCACCUGCCAAUGUUGUGUUUGUGGGUAUUUAUAGUUGUAUGUGUGUAUAUGCCUCAAUGUGUAGAUUGUGUACCAGUAUAUAGUACAUGUACAUCAAAAUUAUUUUUGUCCUUAAUAACCAGUGUGAUACAAAAAAGCAAGUAAAAACCUCAUAGGACUGAUUAUACAGUGGAGUUGUCAAGAGUAUAUAUAGUGAUAUUGUUUUAUGAAACUUAAAUUCAAAUGAUAUUUUGAUGACUUUUUUUAAAUAAGACUUUAUGCUAGAAAAUUCUGUCUUUGAGCUUUGAAUCACCAGGGCAAAAAAAAAAAAAAAAUGACCUUGAACUGACCUUGACCUUGUGAAUCUAUUGCAGCGUACUGUGUGCAAUACCGAGGGCGUAGCUCCUUAUCAUUUGGGAAAUACAGAAAGAAAAGGAGAAAAAAAAAAUAAAAGGCAGCCUGUACAGUCUUAGUAUCUUUAGUCUUAAGAGCACUUAAACAUAAAGUCAAACUGACAAUUUGGGGCUUCUUACAAAAUGUGAUGCUUUAAAUUUAAAGCACACGUUCUUUAUUGUUGUAAUUAGUCCGGAAACAUACAGCUUUCAGAAGAAUUCACUAAGUACCCACCGUAUCAUUUAUGUAUUUGUGUGUAUUUGCAGGAGAUUAAAUCGUCCUCCUGGUGCCGCGUUGUUAACCUCUUUUCUUUGAAGAAAUAUCACAAGCACUAAUGUACAUCAGGGCAUCCCAAGACUGGGUACUGUAUGCUAGGUUCACAGUUGCACAAAUUAGCAUCUAGUGUCAGAGGUGAAAGAAUUUUAGGACCAGGUUUAAACUUUAUUUUAAAUAUUUUUAUACUUCCGUCUCUUUUUCCUGCCUCUCCCCAAAGAAGAGCCACUGGCCUUAGUUGUUUGAGCUUAUUGCUUAUAUUAUAGAGUGUAAAUAGAUAACUAGAGACUUAAAUUUUAUUAACCAGCAUGUUUGGUGUAUUUAAAGCUACGGCUGAGUGUGGUUGAGUGAGUGGUUGAGCGCAGUGUCUUUUGUUUAUACACACUGCCUCAUGUCUUUUGUAUCCGAUUCAGAGAAUUGGAAUCGUGGGGUGGGAGACUAAUCUUCAGCUCCAGGCUGCAGUAGUGUGUUGGUAGUUACACUUGAGUUUUGCUUUUUUUUUUUUUUAAUUCACUCUACAGUCUCAAACUAUUUUUGCAAAUAUAUCAUUUUUCCUCAUUUCUUCUUGACGUGCAGUGGACUGGCUCUGUGACUGAGCAGCAGGGUCUUAGUUUUGCAAGAAUAUUUCCUUCCAGGAAUUAUUGUGAUUUGCAAAAAAUAGCCAUUUGAUUCAGAAAUCAUCUAGAAAAAGGUGUAGCAGAAAUAAAAUGUUUAUUUUGGGCCUUAAUCAUUUGAAAUGUUUGGACUUAAUAUAAAGCCAUGGAGGUUAUGAAGCCAAGUAACCAUUAGACGUGAAUGAUAUCCACUCCAUAGAGACUAUGUAUGCACAUUGAUUUUUAAUGAUGUUGGGAUACUUUUUUUUUAAGCUAUAGGAACAAGGGUAAUUAGACCAAAUUGAAUUGGGGGGGAUGGUAAAUUGGUUCCUUUCCAUUUGGGGUAGCCAUGCAUGUGGUCAGUCCUCUGCUCUCGAGAGAUUCAGAGCCAGUUUACUGUCCCCUUAGGUGUAUAAGGGGGAAAGUGGUGUGUCUGGGACCUCUGACAUGUGUACACAGGCUUGCACACGUGCACACACAGUGAAUGUGUUAAGUUAUGCAAACAUAAGACUUAAGACACAAAGGGCCCAAGUAUUCCAAAGAGGGGAUAAAGGAGGGGGGUGGAAAGUGCAUCACGGAUGUUUUCCAAGGGCUGGGGUGGAAUUUGAGCUCUAGUGUCUUACUUUUUGAGAUGCACUGUGUGUUUAACAAAUUGGGGGGGGGGGGUGCAUACCUUUCUAAAGGAUCACCAAAUGGAAGGCUUUCUGGUAAUUUAUAAGCAGACCUCUUGGCGUCCCUCCGUAUCCUGGCUAAUGUUCUAGAAAGCCAGUGUGUGUCCUUUUCCACGGUGGCAGAGCCGUUUGCUCUGCAGAUCAUUCCCCUGAGAAAGGUGUGCAUGUGGAAAAGCGGGGAGGCCCCGUCCACAGGAGCGCUGGUGUGGAUUGUUCAUGCCCCCCUCCCCGGGGGACUGGUAAGAGAGCUCCUGGGGAAUAUGCUGAACAGUUGAACACAUUUCCACAAGCAACCACAGCAGGGCUGAAUGGGAAGGCUCCUGGCAGGGCAGAGAGUUAACUUCUCAAUGAUAGUGUUAUUCAAAUAAACACCUUAACUUCAAUUCCUGAAAAUGGUGGUUAAUGGAGAGAAUUUUGGAGUUUCCCUUCUUCAGAGGCUCCUAGGAGAGUCCCCAGUACAAGGCUUGAUUAAGGACCACCCUGCAGGACUGAGGUUGGCUGGGCUCUGCAGAAAGUGAUACUGUAUCCUCUCUGCCAAUGGAGCUUCUCCACCAGCCUCGCUCUCCACUUGGGCUUCCACUGAGCUGCAACCACAUCCUGGGUUUGAAUGUUCCUUCUCUGGCUCUGGGGUUCCCGGUGUGCCAACCAGGUGACCCUGGCAAGGCAAUAUAGCCACUCUGACUGAAGCAAAGUCCACCUAUUUUGCCUUUGCAAGAAACAAACUAGCAUACCGAGUUCCAACCAGGGAGGGAAGAUACCUUUGCCUUUGCACCCAGAUUGCUGAUGUUUCAUUUUGUAACAUCACUAAACUUUCUGCUCAGUCCAGAUGAGAACUGUUUGGGUAAUGGCCUUAAAUGCCUCCCUGCAGUCUCCUCUACCUCCAGUUUUAGGAACCCAUUUCUAGAACAGAAAUUUACACAAGUGGAGAAUCCGCGUUGUCAGCCUUGACUACCAUUAAGAUUGGCAGAAGGGCAGUAAUUUGAAUUUUUUAAUUUGAAACAAGCUUUUAACUCUUCCAGCCUAUUAAGUGGGUUCCAUUCGCGGUGGCUCAAACUGAUUGGCAUCGUGAAACAUUUCUUUACCUUCAAGAUUUUCUCCACCCACCAAUCAUUUCAGUUUCAUUGCAGUCCUGGUGCCAUAUGUCCCCUGCAAAUUGUGAAAGUAAUUAGUGAUAAAAUAGCAGCCUGCUCCUUUCCAGUGGCCAAACUGUCAGCAUUAGCAGACUUGAGUAAGCUAGUGGUACCAUAUCAUGUCCUGGAAACCUGUUCCUUAUUCCACCCACCACAUUCAAGAAAUGCCAUCUCCUACAAGAUGACGGCAUUUAUGGUGGUUGUCUUUUGAAUGGAACAGUAAUUUGUGUGGGUAUUGGUAAAGCGUUCAAAGAAUAUUUUGAAAAUUAAGUUUACAUUUUACAAUUGCUUUAUUUUUUAUUAAAAUAGGUGUACAUAAAUAUUACCCUAUUUCACUGUUGUUAAAACCUAAACCUUGUAGACAAGUGAGUCCCUGAUCUGUAUAGCCGCUGUGAGAUACAUAGUACAUUUAUUGUGUAAAUGUUUAUGAAUAUAACUGUUCCCAUGUUUUUAUAAGUUGGGGGUAUUUUGUUGUUUUCCCACAACAAAAUUUAUUGCAUUUAAAUGGUUUUUAUGUAAUAGAAAUAACGCAAAAUAGUGAAGGAUUUAAAAUAUGUAUAUGAUAUAUGUAAAUGUACUUUAGAAAGAAAUAAAUUCAACAAAUUUCAAUCA